GGUAGAGCCAGUCCACGGAGAAACAGGGACCCUCCGCGAUAAACACAGGCAAGCCCAGAGAAAUAAAUACAUGCCCAAUCGGAACAGCGAUUUUUUGAGAUGCUCCGACUACUCUCGCUCAGUGUACGCAGAGGACACCUAGUAAGAUAAUUAUUUAAUUCUUCGAGUGCAUUUUAACGCAACCAACUGUCGCAGUCCAGAGGAGAGGACACGAGGAAACUCUUCACUUCGUUACAUUUGGAUUUUUCAGUCACAAGUUAACUAGAAGUAAAUUCAGUCUUCGAUAAGCCGAGCUGAUUUUUUUUUUUCCUCUCAUGAUCGGAGCAGCGUUUUUGAACCACACCUGAUAUGGUGUUUCCAAGGUUGGAAGUUGAAUCGUUGAGCGCCAGCAUCAACAUUUGAUUUAUUUUUUUUCUUUCUUUAACUUCUCCUCUGUAGCUCUGAGCCCUGCGCUGAUUUAAACAAAAAGAAAUUCGCUUUCUGAAAUAAUGUUACUGGAUGCUGGUCACCAGUUCCCCGGACUGGGAGUGGGCUCAUUUGCCAGGCAUCACUCAGCGAGCGAGAUGCAGGAGAGAGACUUGAGUUUGGCACAAAAUAGCUUUGUAGACUCCGCACACAUGGGUGCGUUUAAGCUGAACCAUGAUCUCUCUCCGGGACAGAGCUCUGCCUUCACCACCCAGGCGCCGGGCUACCCCGCUGCGGCUCUGGGGGCUCACGCCGCCCAUGUCACGUCGUAUGCAAGCUCUCCUUUCAACUCCACCAGGGACUUUCUCUUUCGUAGUCGUGGCUUCGGAGAAUCCUCUCCGGCGAGCAGCCAACAUACUAUUUUUGGCCCCACGGCGGGAUCCCUUCACCACUCCCACACAGACACACAAGGCCACAUUCUGUUCCCCGGGAUCCACGACCAACAUGGGUCCCACGGAUCCCCGAAUGUCCUGAACGGGCAAAUGAGGCUCGGACUACCCGGAGAAGUUUUCGGACGCUCCGACCAAUACCACCAGGUUUCCAGCCCGAGGACCGACCCCUACUCGGCCGCGCAGCUCCACAACCAGUACGGCUCCAUGAAUAUGAACAUGGGGAUGAACAUGGCAGCCCAUCACCACCCCGGUGCCUUUUUCCGCUACAUGAGGCAGCAGUGCAUCAAGCAGGAGCUCAUCUGCAAGUGGAUCGACCCCGAGCAGCUCAGCAACCCAAAGAAGUGUUGCAACAAAACUUUUAGCACCAUGCACGAGUUGGUCACGCACGUCUCGGUGGAGCAUGUCGGUGGACCGGAGCAGACCAACCACGUCUGCUUCUGGGAGGAUUGCUCCCGGGAGAGCAAACCGUUCAAGGCGAAAUACAAACUGGUUAACCACAUUCGGGUGCACACCGGGGAGAAGCCUUUUCCAUGUCCCUUCCCCGGCUGUGGAAAGGUCUUCGCACGGUCGGAAAACUUGAAGAUACACAAGAGAACACACACAGGAGAGAAGCCGUUCCAGUGUGAGUUUGAGGGCUGCGACAGAAGGUUUGCAAACAGCAGCGACCGAAAGAAACACAUGCACGUUCACACGUCGGACAAGCCUUAUCUCUGCAAAAUGUGUGACAAGUCCUACACACAUCCCAGCUCCCUAAGAAAACACAUGAAGGUCCACGAAUCGUCCCCACCAGCGUCAGACUCAUCACCAGCAGCCAGCUCUGGGUAUGAAUCCUCCACACCUCCAGGCCUGGUGUCUCCCACCACCGAGACCCAAAGCAACACCACCCUGUCCCCAGCCUCAGCCGUCCACAACACCACCAGCCACAGUGGCCUAUCCUCCAAUUUCAGUGAAUGGUAUGUGUAGGACUAAGACGAAAUGAAGCAACACACACUCACUUCACAGCACUGGAACAACAUCCAGCAGGAGAUUUUUGGGACACGUGCACACGGAGAGGCACACAAACAUUGGUUUAUUUUUUAUUUUGUUAUUUUUGAUUCACCAGGGAAGAUGACGAUUACCAACAGAGGAAAAUAUGUAUAAUAGUCGAGGUGUAUUUCAUAUUGUAAAUAAUUACUAAAAGCCCACUUUCCCAUUGGUUGUGAUAGUUUGUCAGUCUUUGGUGUAUAGAUGUUCCUUCAAUGGUAGCUAUUUCUCUAACUGGACUUUUAGUGCACAUAUUACGAUAAAAUUGUACUAUAAUGUUGAAUAUUGUGAUCUUAAGGCAAAUUGAUUGUACUAUACUAAACACCUAUAAACUGGAGAGAGUGCCAAAGUUAACAUUUAACUCCAACAGACCACAAUAUUAUGCUUGUGAAUGUAUAUUUUAGUUUGCUGGGCUUAACUUGUGAUGUUUUGUGCUUUGCAAGUUUGAAUUGUGAAAUACUAUCUGGAAAGAUUGUGAGGAAAAUAAACGUUGUGCCGUUCGAUUUUCUGUAACUACACCCAUCCUUUUUUUGUAAAUAUCAACUGCCAUAUUUAUCCAUUUGUAAUUAAAUUAUGGUAUUUACUUGCUACAGAUGAAACAGUAUUUAUAAAGAAUGUUUCUUUACUAUAAAUAUGUACAAUUACGAGCUAAACAUGGGCAGUUGUUUCGUUAUGUGCUUUUGUUCAAAGUUUUAAGAGGUGUUUUCUUCCUUAUUGUGAUAAGAAUUUUACUGCAUACAAAUAUAAUAAAAGGUGUUGCAAGUGCUAAGUA